CUUUAAUGGUUACGCCAUCAUGUGCAUCCCUGCAACAUGCUGUUCUUACUUGCCAAACCAGGUGCCGGAUUCCGAGGCGCGUCUCCGACCUAUGUUACGUUUGUCAGCUGCCAAUGAUUUUGUUCAAAUUCUGCUUCAACAUCAAGAUAUAGCAUAGAGACACGAGUUUUACCGGCUAGCGAUGUCGAGCAGGAGCGCCAAGUCAAACUCCAUUUCCCCAUUACUCUUUUCGAGUACAGUUAGUUUGUCGUAGCUUACUCCAUCCAUCUCUGCACCCAUACUUUCAGCACCAGACCGCAGGUACCUAGACAACCUUCAAGAACGCCAUCUUACACCCCUCUCCGACACUCAAUAACGGCGACAUGACUGAAUACUUCAAGGGAGCAACUUGGUUCUUCUUCGAUCUCGACGACACUUUGCACGAGUUCCGCAAAGCAUCUUCCGCCGCCGUCGAUGCGACGCUGCAUAUCAUCGCAGAACAACACGCGAACCGUGAGACUACGUCCAGUCAACCGCUCAUAGCCGCCGAGUUGAAGAAGGAAUAUACCAAGGUACUUAGAACCAAAACAGCAGCAGCAUUCGUAGACGGGAAAACAAGCCAUGAGUACCGUGCAGAGCGUUUCCAGGGUGUCAUGGAUACCUUUGAUCUUAGAUGUACAGAGCUGCAGAUGCAGGUAUUACUCGACACCUACGAAACAGCACUUACAAAACAUCUGCAGCUUAAAGAAGGCGCAAUACCACUACUGCAGGCUUUGAAGCAAAAAGGGAAAAGCAUAGCCAUUGUCACAGAAGGCCCCCAGGAUUCGCAGGAACGUACUGUCGCUGCUUUGGGCUUAGAGCCAUUUUAUGACAGGCUGAUCACGACGAAUAAGCUUGGUGUGGCGAAGGUAGAUGGGCUGUUUGGCAAGGCGCUGGAGACUCUCGGAAUAAGGAGUGGGGAUGCAGUGAUGGUAGGGGACAGCUGGGAAAGGGACAUCAUCCCUGCGGCGGAAGCAGGAAUAGAAUGUGUGUGGCUUGCUGAGAAAGAGCAGAACUGUGGGACAACUUUGGACUUAAAUGGUCAAGAGAAACACGUAGCUGUCACUGUGGUCAAUUCACUGGGUAGAUUGCAGAGUAUUAUGGAGGCUGAGUCAGGUUAGGCCAGAUAUUACGUAGGUUCCAUCAGCUCAUACCAAAACGAACUGAUAUGGAUA